CUAAAUUCUGUCGAAGAUUUUUGAGAUCUUGUAGAGCCCUUUUUGCUAGACGUCCUUCAGGAGUUGUAGCAGGUUCUAAAAGUAUCAUACUCAAAGACUUCUUCAAAUAACUUUCUGCUUCUUCCAGUCGUUUUGUCAUCUCUUCGAGAGUUAUUUCUCGUGCUACAUAAUUUCGGUCUGCGAGAAUCAUUAUUGAAUAUGGCUCCACCCACAUAUGGAGAUUUAGGCAAAAGUGCUCGUGAUGUUUUUGGUAAAGGAUACCAUUUUGGUCUAUUGAAGCUUGAUGUCAAGACCAAAACUGAUUCAGGAGUUGAAUUUUCCAGCGGUGGAUUUUCUAAUCAAGACACUGGAGUCGUUGUCGGAAAUUUAGAGACAAAAUAUAAAAUCAAAGAAUAUGGAUUAACUCUUACUGAAAAAUGGAAUACAGACAAUCUUCUUGAAACUAGUAUUACCAUUGCAGAUAAACUUUUGCAAGGACUUAGCAUUGGUUACAGCUGCACUUUCUCUCCUCAAACCGGGAGUAAAACUGGUCAAUUAAAAACUACAUAUAAACAUGAAAAUAUUUCGGCUACUACAGACCUUGAUCUCAGCUUGAACAGUGCUCCAUUGAUUCACUCAACAGCCGUUAUUGGUUAUCAAGGAUGGCUGGCUGGUUAUCAGACAUCAUUUGAUGCUCAAAGAAGCAAAAUUACGAAAAAUAAUGUUGCCCUCGGUUUCACGGGGAAAGACUUUUCCAUCCAUUCUUCCGUAAACAAUGGCCGCGAGUUCAAUGGUUCGAUUUACCACAAAGUCAAGCCUGGACUUGAAGGUGCCAUCAGCAUUGCCUGGAACUCAAGCAAUAAUGCAACUCAAUUUGGUCUCGGUACCAAAUACGAUCUUGAUAAUGAUGCCUGUUUGAGAGCUAAAGUCAAUUCUCAACUCCAAAUUGGUUUGGGAUAUCAGCAGAAACUUCGUGAUGGAGUUACUUUGAGUCUUUCAACAAACAUUGAUGGCAAAAACUUCAGCUCUGGUGGUCACAAGAUUGGUAUGGCUUUGGAUCUGGAAGCCUAAACAUCGAAGUUUACAAAAAAAAAAAUAAGAUAAAAAAAUUUUUCCCCAUUCGAAUAAUUACUUUAAAUACUGAUGUCGUAAUAAAAAAAUAAUAUACGACAUUUGUCAUGGAUCGAUUUAAUAUGUAUUGUAAUGGUAGAUAAGUUUACCCGAAAUAACCGGGUGCCUUGCAGAAUCACCUACUGAAAGACAGGCUAAUUUAAAAAGAAAAAAAAAUGAUUACUAAGCAAUCAAUAAAAUAUUAGAGUUGCAAUUGUUGCAGAAUAUUAGUUGGGUUAUGAUAAACGAUUUGAUAAUCGUUAAAAGACAAAAAAUUAUUUUCUUUCAUUGCUUAGAUAGUAUUUGCUCGCUUAGAGCAUUGAAUCAGAAAGUUAUCUGAACUUCUUAGAUAUAAAAAAAAAAAUAGUUUUGCUUUCUAAGUCACACAGCCGCACUAUUAUCGUUAUAAAUAUCGAGUCUUUAUGAAUUAUUAGAUUUAUUUUCUAUUGUAAAAUUGUAAAACAUUCACCUCGACUUUAUUGUAUCUACCCAUAAUUUCAUCAUGUUUUCUUUUCGAUUAAUGUCGUUAAGUCUGAUUUAAUCACUUGAAUAAUUUACAAAAUAAAGUCAAACACGGUUAUUAUGUUAAGCUAUUGGAGUAUUUGUUUAUUAAACUUUUUCACUGCUUUCGCAGGAGACUCACAGCAA